UGUUGUAUUAAAAAAUUAGUCCGAACAAUUAUACAAUGCCUUCUCGAGGUUCUUACCAAAUUUCGAAUAUAGAAGAAGGAAAAGUGGCUCAACGGGACCAAUCUUUUCGUAGUUGUGUUGUAACGUUAUUAAUAUUUCUUUUUCUCUGCAUCAUUCUAAUUCUUGCUGCUUUGCCAUGGAAAUCGUACAAUUCUUACCGGCCUGAGCAGAAAGAUCAGCAUGUGGAAACGGCACAGCAUCAUCGUCAUCAUGAACUUGAGAGAACCAGCACCACUACUUCCGCGAACUCGAAGGAUUCAAAAGAAUUAGAAUUCACAUCGGAGAUAAAUAUAUCUUCGGAAAAUGUUGAUAUAAUUAACAUUAAUAGCACAGAUUGGAUUAUUAAUAUUAAUAAUUCAUCUGUACUCGAGACAUUUCGAAAUGAAGAAACUACUCCGGAAGUUCUAUCUUCUACUGACAAGCAAUUAUACGCAUCAAUUUCAACUGGAGAAAAAUAUUAUAAAACGAAGGGUAUCGUAGAUGAAAGUACUACAGGAACUACAGAUUUUACAGAAUUAAUCGAACGGUACGAAAAUACCACAGAUGGAAAUAUAACAGAAAUCAUUAUUUCUACGAGAUUAAAUGAAAAUGUUGUCGGAGAACAUAAAAAAGAUUCCACAGACCGAAGUACGACCGAAGCUGUUACAAAAUUCAGUCAAACUGAUACGAUAAAAUAUGAAGAGAAUACUACGGACAAAAGUAUUACAGAAGCUUCUAAUUAUACGGAAUUAAAAGAAAUUACUACGGAAGAAUAUAAUAAAAUAUAUAUAACGGAUAACAAUAGUACAGAAGUUCCUACUUCUACAAAUCAGAAUUGUAUCAACGUAACAGAUGAAUCCAAGAAUAAGACGAAUGAAGAAAAUAUUACAGUAUAUGCAUCAAUUUCAACUAGAGAAAAAUAUUAUGAAACGAAGGGUAUCGUAGAUGAAAGUACUACAGGAACCACAGAUUUUACAGAAUUAAUCGAACGGUACGAAAAUACCACAGAUGGAAAUAUAACAGAAAUCAUUAUUUCUACGAGAUUAAAUGAAAAUGUUGUCGGAGAACAUAAAAAAGAUUCCACAGACCGAAGUACGACAGAAGCUGUUACAAAAUUCAGUCAAACUGAUACGAUAAAAUAUGAAGAGGAUACUACGAACGAAAGUAUUACAGAUGAACCCAAUAAUAAGACGAAUGAAGAAAAUAUUACAGUAACUGAAUCUGUCAACGAGAAUUUACAAGAAAAAACUACGAAGUCGAGUAUGAAUGAUGAACCCAAUAAUAAGAUGAAUGAAGAAAGUAUUACAACAACUAAAUCUAUGAACGAGUAUUUACAAAAAACAACGACUGAGUCGAGUUUAGUGAAUGAACUAACAGAUAAUAUGAUUUCUGAUCUAUUGAAUAAUGAAGUGUGCGACACAGGCGAAUGUAAAAAUCAUGCUAGUAAAAUGUUAUUCUACAUGAAUCAUACGAUUGAUCCAUGCGAAGACUUUUACGAAUACGCUUGCGGUGGUUUUGAAGCCAAUCCUAGAACUGUUGAACAGAAUUUGGAAGAUGUAGCUCAUCAACGAAUUUUACGUCAAAUGCAAAAAGAAGAAGAGAAUAAGAAAAACCUGAAAGGAAAAAGUAGACCGUCUCUUUUCGCACAGUAUUAUCAAAGUUGCAUACACUACGAGCAGAUCAAUCGAACAGAAAGAAUUCAAAUGGUCAGAGAAGUAUUAGAUGGGAUAGGAAAGUUUUACACUAAUUCCAGUGAGUUUUUCGAGAAUCAUACAAGCUUUACGGAGUUGAUAGCUAAGCUAUUGUCGUACAACAGCGCAUUAUUGUUCGACGUCGCUCCGGAUCUCGACGAGUACCAGCCGAAACUGUUCACUAUUAGAAUAGGACCAACGAUACACGGCAGUCCUUUUAACACAGAUCCAUCGGAUGAUCCCUGCUACGAUGCAAGUAAAUUCGAAAUGGAAAGUAAGACGGUGUAUCUACAAGAUUUGUACGCGCAUUACAAAACGUGCAAGAACAAUACAAGUAGAUUUAUGAGCUCUGUAGCGGAAGCCUUAACUGCGCUUGGCAUAUUCGACAAUAUCCAGCAAAGGCAAUUAACUAUAAAUGUCAUUGAUAUAGUCAUAAUGAAAAAAUUCGUCGAGGCUCUUCCUACGAGGGAUAAGAUUCGAGAAGCGUAUUUAAUGAAAAAUUAUACGCUUCACUCGAUCAAGGAAUUAGAACGUGACUUCAAACCGGUAAAUUGGACUCAUCUAAUUCAUUAUACAACAAAUUACACAAUUAAUCCCGAUGCGAAAGUGCAAGUUUACUUUUAUGAAGUUUUGGCUGAGGGGUUGAAAAACUUGAAAGAAGACAAAGCAAUCGGACCGCAUUAUCCUAUGUUACUGUAUAACGCACUAUUAGGAUUGUACGCCCACGAUCUUUAUCACCAGUUCGUUCUAUCAAAAUAUCGAGAUAUCAGAAAAUACUGCCUUCGCAUAACAGCGAAUGUUUUAAUCGCAGAAGCUUCAAACUUGUAUAUCUCCUCGUUUUCGGAAGAUCGACUUGCGUACAUGAAUAGUACGAUACACGAUUUAUUUGAAGAUCUUAGGACAAGUCUAAAACAAAAGAUUGAGAGCGUAGAAUGGGUAACAGAAAAGCAACGUGAUGCACUAAUUACGAAAAUAAAUGAUCUCAAAGUUGUUACGCCUAAUGUUUCGUAUCUUACCGAUACGGAGUCAACGUAUAGGAAGUAUAAUGCAACCGAGGUAAAUCUAAAAAACAAUUACUUCGAGAAUUCAAUAAUUUUGAUGCAGAGGUAUCGAAAGCUAAUGUACGCAGAAUUUUCUCUAAAUCCCGGCUCUCCUGAGCACGUUUGGACACACUACGCAACGCCGUACCAGUCCAAAGGGCUCGCGAUUUAUGGACUAAAUCUCGUUAUAAUACCCUUUGGUGCAAUCGACUGGUCUAUUGAAUACAACGAACCCCAAUUUGAUUACAUAAAACUUGCUACGCUCGGUAACGUGAUAGCACACCAAAUUGCUCAUCACUUCGACGCAAACGGUAUCUAUUAUUGGAAUGGAACUCGCGAUGCCAAUAACACUUUGCUAAAUAACGACUCCACGAACACAAUCUUCGACGAUUAUAUUAAUGUACAGAGAAAUUAUCUGUAUUCAGAUUCAAUGAAUUCGACACUAGCAUCCACCGGGCAAACCAUAGUUUACGAGAUCCCACAAUUAACCCUAAAUGAACGUUUAUCCGAGAUAAUGGGAGUGAGAUUAGCCUACGAUACUUUGGAUCGAUUGAGAUCUCCCAAGGAAAUCGUCCUUCCAUGGCUUCAACUUAACGUGAAUCAGUUAUUCUAUCUCACCUAUGCUCAGAUGCAUUGUACGAAGUCACCACUUACGUCAUCGUAUAUAUCGCUGUACGAGAGCGAACAGCUACCGAGUCCGAUUCGCAUUUUUGUCACUGCAUCUAAUAUCAGACUCAUCGGUAAAGCUUGGAAUUGUUCGGAAGGUUCACGGAUAAUGCCGAGUUACUUUUGCAACGCAUUUCCCUACCUUCCGUGUACCGACUGAAUGAAGGAACG